AAGGGAUCCGGAAUUUGGUCAAGGAGUCCCGUACAUGUGUCGGAUAUAAGCCACCAUCACCUUCAGGGACUUUUUCAAAGAAAAUGGUGAGUAAAACAGAGGAAGAGCUAGUGAACAGAUUGGAGAGUCAAGUAGAGAAUGGAGGAGGAGGUGCUUGGGAAUACCUAUGCCUUGUGAGAAAGCUCAAGCUUAGACGCUCUGAUAGAGUCUUGAAAUUUGGAUUGUCCAUCCUCAAUGACCCCAACAAAAGAUCCCAUCUUGGCCCUGAAGAGUGGACGCUUUAUGAAGAAGUAGCUGUUGCUGCUAUGGACUGCCAAUGCCUUGAUGUGGCUAAGGACUGUACCAAGAUUCUACAAAAUAAGUUUCCUGGAAGCAAAAGGGUUGGUAGGCUAGAAGCGAUGUUGCUAGAAGCAAAAGGAUCGUGGGAAGAGGCAGAAAAAGCUUACUUGAGCCUUUUGGAGGAAAACCCGCUUGAUCAGGUUAUACACAAGAGGAAAACAGCUAUGGCUAAAGCACAAGGGAACAUUCCUCAAGCAAUUGAAUGUCUCAAUAAAUAUCUUGAAAUAUUCAUGGCAGAUCAUGAUGCCUGGAGGGAACUUGCUGAAAUAUACGUGUCUCUGCAAAUGUAUAAGCAAGCAGCUUUCUGCUAUGAAGAGCUCAUUUUAGCGCAACCAACAGUCCCAUUAUAUCACUUGGCCUAUGCUGAUGUGCUCUACACUCUUGGUGGCCUAGAAAAUCUUCAGAUAGCUAAAAAAUAUUACACUUCUACCGUAGAGUUGACUGGUGGAAAGAAUGCAAGAGCUCUAUUCGGUAUAUGCCUGUGUUCUUUUGCUAUUGGACAACUUACGAAAGGCCGGAACAAGGAAGACAAGGAAAACUUAGAGCUGCAAUCGCUUUCUGCAUUGGCACUGGAGAAAGAGUAUAAACAGAGGAAUCCAAACAAAAAUGCCCUGCUUACUGCUACCUUGAAAAGCUUGAAGUUGUCUUCAUAAUUUGGCGCUUAAAAGUGGGUUGUUUGCAUCGAUAACCUUACUUAUUAGUGGAUUAGGGCAUUUAAGUAUGUCUAGCACAUUGUUUUGAUCUUAUUCUAGUCUUCAAUAAACUUGAGAGCAUACCCGUUGUUCUACCUGUUAUUAUCGAUAGGAAUUCACUUUGUCAUUAUUUACACACAGAACUAAAGAUUUUGCUUGUAAUUGCAGCUUUAGACAGUCACUUGCGUGCUUUAGCUGUCAAGCAUUUCUUUCCCAAGGGCUCGUUAACCUAUUCAAAAAUUAUAAAUUCUGCAGUCUGCACUUCAAUUUGAACUCUCAUGUUCAAACCUCAAAUCUUUUUUUUAGUGGAG